AUUCAUUCCUUUAUUUAUGCAAAUGAUAUGGUUUCUUCUCCUCUCCCAUAUCUCCGACUCCAACCCCAAACAAUUCCUAUUCCCAUUCGCAUCCUCUUACGGUUCCAUUCCCAUCUCUUGCUUUACUUCUCAUCAAAAGGGUUCGGUGUUCUUAGACACCGGUGAAAAUGAAUAGCUGCUGUGAUUUUUUACAACGGCUUGGGGCUGAUUUAUCCUUCAAGAUCUUUACCUAUUUGGAUGAUCCAUCUGACCUUGUACAUGUUUGCUUAGUCACAAGUUCUUGGCGUCAGUUUGUUAUUGAGAAUAGUCUCAGCAAGCAGCUCUGCUUGAGAUUGUUUCCCGAUUUAUCUGGUGCUCCCCAUUUUAUUGAAGUUAAGGGCAUGAUUGAUGUUUCAGCUGUUGGGUCUAGCAGCAUUACAAAAUGGGAACACCUACAGAAGUUCCAUCGAAUCUAUUUGCUCCUAGCUAAAAGUCUUAACCCUGUCACUAGAACAGAUUGCAUUGCAGUGGCCAUUGGUGCAUCCUCCACUGAUAAUAAUCCUAUAGAAAGUAUUGAAAAUACACUGGAACCUGGUGAUAGGUUCCGCAAUCGAGCGUCAUAUUGGUCCAGUUUAGGUUCAAGAGAUCCUGAUGUUCCUGAGACCUUAACAUAUGGGUUGGUCUCCAACCUAUGUGUUGUUUCUGAAAUUCAUAUUCAACCAUUCCUAGCAUAUUUUCAGGAUGAAUUCCCUAUAUAUUCAUCAAGGGCUGUUCGAUUUAAAAUGGGGCAUCAAAAUGUUUCUAUAUACUCGAGUAUAAAUGAUUCAACUGUUGAUUAUGAUCCUGAAACUGAUGAUUUUAUUUGGACCUAUGUCUCGCCAGAAUUUCCAAUGACCCAAGAAAAUACACUGCAAAUAUUUAAGCUUCCAGAGCCUGUUUUCUGCGUAGGUGGGGUUCUGCAGGUUGAACUCUUGGGCAGAGUACAAAGACAGGCGGCAGAUGGAUUAUAUUACUUAUGUGUGUGUCAUGUCGAAGUCGUUGGUCGACCACUCUUGCCUGAAUAUGACAUGGAUAUAAUUGACCAGUCAGGAAAGGGCAUUUUGAAGUAUUUCCCCAACCUGCAUGAGUCCUCAUCUACUAAUGGACAGAUAAGUCAUUCCCAUGGUCGUGCCAUUACCUCUAGAUUUGUUCGGAGGGGUGUCCACGGAUGGGAGCAUAUUGUCUGGCAUACAUUACUUGGAGGUGGGGUGUUUGCUCAAGACGACGGGAUUGAUAUUUACGAAGAAGGUGCUGGAAGGUAAUCUUGGAAGGGUUUUAUGCUCAAUCCAGAACAAAGUGAAGUGAAUUGGUGGAGGAGGCAAGUGAGUUUUUUCUUUUCUAGGUAGUCUAAGGGUUGGGAAUCAGGAUGAAUGGGUAUAAGAUGAGUGAAUGAGAAACUCCUUGUUGUUGGUAUAGUUUUAUCUUAAUAUUUUUGGCUGCUUGGGAUAAUCCAGGCCUCAGAUGAUGAAUGGGCCAAGCCAUGCACAGAUGCUACGCAAUGACGACGGUUGUAAGUAUUAAAUAAAUAUUCCAAGUUUAAUGUGUUUGUGUCAAAUUUAAGGCCUGUGUUACUCUUCUUCUCAAUCCUGGUGUGGAUUUGUUCACUGGCUUGAGUUCCAUUUAAGAGGAAAAGGGAAAAAAGACGUUCAAAUCUUUCUUUUCUACAGAAAAAAAAGAUAAAAAAUCUAACGUCCUUUGGUCUUAAGUUCUUGAAAACAUAUUUAUAUAUUUUGUUGGUUACAGUGAGAAAUAUAAAUGUGAGUUGUUCGAGAUUUUGAU